AUGCCUGCCGCAAUUAGAGCAGCUCCAGAUGGCGGAGCCACAGAUAUGGCAAACCAUGAAAGUCUAUUGCCAGGCGGGGAGAAAAACGAUAAGGAUGUACAGCUACCUGCUUGUUUCAGCAAGAUGACCCAAGAGUCUAGGAAGAGCUUCCCCCAUACAAAACAAGUUGGCAACUACCUUGUGGGCAGAAUGAUCAACAAGGGCUCCUUUGCUAAAGUGAUGGAGGGGUUACAUAUCCCCACAGGGGAGAAGGUAGCCAUUAAAGUUAUUGACAAGAAAAAAGCCAAGCAGGAUUCCUAUGUUUUAAAAAAUAUGAAGAGGGAGCCCCGGAUACAUCAGAUGAUUAAACAUCCUAAUAUUGUUCAGCUAUAUGAAACCUUGGAGACAGAGAACUCCUAUUACAUGGUGAUGGAACUGUGUUUCGGGGGAGACCUCAUGGACAGAAUAUGUGAGAAAAAGAAACUGGAAGAGAGAGAAGUGAAGAAAUAUACCAGGCAGAUCAUGUCUGCAGUUGAACACUUGCAUCGUCAUGGGAUUGUCCACAGAGAUCUGAAGAUUGAAAAUUUUCUUCUAGAUGAAAACAAUAACAUCAAAAUUGUUGAUUUUGGACUAAGCAACAUAAUGAAAUUUGACGGCCUUUCUCAAGAACUGUUAAACACACAAUGUGGUAGUCCAGCCUAUGCAGCCCCAGAACUCCUGGCUCAUAAAAAAUAUGGACCAAAGGUGGAUGUCUGGUCUAUAGGAGUUAGCAUGUUUGCCAUGUUAACUGGCACGCUGCCCUUCACUGUGGAACCAUUCAACAUCAAACAACUUCAUCUGAAGAUGGUUAAUGGUGAAAUUAAUCCCAUGCCACCUGAUAUUUCCGCAGAAGCUGUUCAUUUCAUAUACUCCUUCCUUGAACCUGAUCCAGCUAAAAGACCUGCAGUUAAAGAGGCAAUGAAGGACAAGUGGCUGAAUGAUGGUAAUAUCAGGAAACCACUGAAUUCACUGACAUAUAAAAACAGACUUUGCCCUGCUGACCUGAAUCCUGUUGUUUUGAGUUACAUGACAGAAACAAUGGAGUUCAGCCAUUCAGAUGUUGUAAAUGUGUUGAUAAAUAACAAGCCCUCUUCUGUAAUGGCUGUGUAUUACUUACUGCUGAAGAAAUUUAUUACAUAUCAAAAGGAACACAGGACAAUGAAGAAGGAAAGUGCACCUAAAAAGCUUGAUGGUAAAUCACUUGGAAACCUAAGUCAAAACGCUGAUAUUCCAGUUUCUCAAAAGGUAGAAGAAGUUGCUGCAGAAAAUCUGAAAACUUAUGACAGUAAAACAUUUCCUUCUGUGCUGAACACAGAAACGCCUUAUACAAUCCAGGAAGAUGAAAUUGCCAUUACCUUGGAAAACCAAGAAAUCUUACCUGAAGUUUCCAAGUUUGCGGACAGAGAAUUAGUUCAUUUUGAGCCUCCUAAAUCACCAUGUGAACCACUAAAUCGCACCUUGUUGGACCCUCAGGAAAAUGUGGAAAAUGUUAAAGACGUUGCAGAAGCCAGAAAACUUACCAAUCCUCCUGUUCCUGCGGUCAUGGCUAUUUCAAGGUGGGAACCACCUGAGAACAACACCUACUGGGUUAUGGCCUUGCUCACUUUCCUGGAACAUGGGACAGGUGCCACACCAGAGAACAUUGCUCAGAAGACACAGGUGGCAUGUUGA